GAUAGCUAUCUGUGGUAUGCAUCCAAAACAAAAUGCACUUUUUUACCUAUGCUACUUCGCUUUGCUUUUGGAUUUAAUGGCUGCGAGUGUAUAGAAUCUAAUCUUAAUUACUGCUUAAAAGUAGUAAAUGUAAUCAUUUAUUAUUCAGCGUCCAGUAAAUGUUAUUGUAUGUGUUAAGAUUGUGUGUCAUUAUGACUUCAUUUUAUCAUUAUUGCUAGGAGCAGGUGAGGUGAUUUCGCUUGUAAAUAAUCAAACAAAAGUAAAGAUGAAAGAAUGAGUUAUUACCGGGAUAUUGAUAUUCUGCGACCAUGAACGGAUAAAUAAUCUUGUGAUUUUGAAAUAAUAAUGCGGAGUUCAAUAUGAAGGAGAUGGUAGGAGGAUGCUGUGUGUGCUCGGACGAGCGUGGUUGGCCGGACAACCCGCUGGUCUACUGCGACGGGAACGGAUGCACAGUUGCAGUUCAUCAAGCAUGCUACGGUAUUGUGACAGUGCCAACUGGCCCAUGGUACUGUAGAAAAUGCGAGAGUCCAGAAACCAAAGGGAAAGUGCGAUGCGAGCUGUGUCCCUCUAAAUCUGGUGCUCUCAAACGAGCCGAUACUGGAGGCUGGGCUCAUGUUGUAUGUGCACUUUACAUACCCGAGGUCCGAUUCGGCAAUGUCACGUCUAUGGAGCCAAUUGUUUUAAGACUGAUUCCGCCCGAGAGAUACAAUAAGAAUUGCUAUAUUUGUCAAGAAUCUGGAAAAACUCAUAGAGCUACUGCUGGCGCGUGUAUGCAGUGUAACAAAUCUGGGUGCAAACAACAGUUCCACGUGACUUGCGCUCAGAGCCUGGGCCUGCUCUGCGAGGAGGCCGGCAACUACCUGGACAACGUCAAAUAUUGUGGCUACUGCCAACACCAUUACAGUAAACUGAAAAAGGGCGGAAACGUGAAGACCAUCCCUCCGUACAAGCCAGUGUCGCAUGACAGCCCGUCCAGUGACUCCAGCUGUGAGAAGGAGGGCGACGCGUCGCCCAUGGCUAGCGGGAGCGGGACCCCUACACAUGCUGCUAAGCCCAAGGGGCCUGGUCGAAAAUCAGGUGGUGUCUCGGGAAAGAACACUCCUAAUUCAUCGAAGACUCCGACAAACACUCCACAGCCUACAGACAAGAAGAAGCCAUCGCCGUCGCGCCGCGGGUCCUCUGCGACGGAAGGCGGCUCGGGCAGCAAGGGCAGCACGCCGGCGCCGUCGCCGCAGCAUCAGGCCUCCGACGCUCCCCCACCCCCUAACAAACCACCUGGUGGGUCUACUCCCGGCAGCACCCCAAAAGCGAGUCUGCCGGCAACCUCCCCCAGUUCCAAGUCUACGGAAGCAGUCGGGGUGAUCAGCUCGGUGGCGUCUGCUACCUCGGUCCCGCUGCCCGCUAUAACACCAACACCUCCCAGUUUGUCGGCGAGCUCGGCCACAGGGCAGGCGCCCGCCAAGCCUCUGUACCAGGAGUCGGUGAUCACGAACACGGACUGCGCGGACACGAAGCAGACCAAGAAGCGCAAGGCGGUCACCGCGGCCGGCACGCCCACGCCGCUCGACUACGCCCCCACGCCGCCUCCCACUGCGGUAUCGGACAUGAACUCACAAAGUUGCAGUAGUAUGUGGGAAGGGCAGCUGUCUAACGACGUGCAAAUGGACAACGCAGAGAAAAUUAUCAAGAAGGCUAAGACGGAAGCAGCGGAGAACUUGGGCGUGUCCCACUUCUCGAGCGUGAGCGCCGCGCCGCCGCCGCCGCCGCCGCCGCCCGCGCACAGUCCCGCCGCGCAGCCCAGCCCCAGACAUUUACCCAGCCCCAUGCCUGGCCCCAGCGGCGGAAACCCGGCGGUGACCAACAUAAGGUCCCCUUCCCAUCCACAGGGCGUGAAAAGCGAGCGCGACGGGCCGGCGUCCCUGCUCGUGUCGGUGCCUUUGUCGUCCACCAGCCACGGACUCAACCUCAGCGCCCAAGCACAGGCCGCCAUGGAUCCUGGGAUAAGCCACUCGCCGCACGGAGUCCCGGCGCGCAGCAGCUGGGGCGGCCUCAACGUCGCCUACGAGAUGCAGCAGGACCCCAACAAGCCUAGCGUGAGUUGCCUGCCCGGGUCCAGUAAAGAUGGCGGGCUGGCGAUGGCGGGCAUGGGCGGCAUGCCGCCCGUCACCGUGCGCAACAAGAAGCGAGCCGCCAUGGCAUCCUCCGUCGUCACCAUGGCCAGCAACCCCACUACAUCCACUAUACAGUCGGCAGCACAAAGCCUGGCCAGCAUCCGCCGGCAGCCGCAGCCCACGCCGCCGCCUAUCUACCAGGAGACCAUAAAGGACUCUCCGCCGAGCUCUCCCAGUUCUGAAAGGCCGCUGAAACCUAAGUUGGAGUCAAAAAUGGGCGGCGGGUACUCUGCGCCGCACAUGCUAGGCAACGAGCUGAACCCGGAGAGCGGCGCGGCGGCGCGCCUCCAGGAGCAGCUGAGCGCCGAGCUGGCGGCGCACGCGGCGGGCGGCGCCGGCCUCGACCCGCUAGUGCCGCCACCGCUCAUCAACAAGGCGGCCCCGUUCUUGUUACAGGGCGCGAGCUCGCGCAGCGGGUCGGGCGCGCAGAGCCUCGACCAGCUGCUGGAGCGGCAGUGGGAGCAAGGCUCGCAGUUCCUCAUGGAGCAGGCGCAACAUUUCGACAUAGCGUCGCUCCUGUCGUGCCUGCACCAGCUGCGCACCGAGAACGUGCGGCUAGAGGAGCACGUGGGCAGCCUGCUGCAGCGCCGCGACCACCUGUUGGCCGUCAACGCGCGCCUCGCCAUCCCGCUCACCGCUGUGCCUACUGGGCCACCGGAGCCCCGCGGCUGCGCGCGCGAGAAUGGAGGCGCGCGCGGGCCGCCCGCGCCCGUGCGCCCCGCCGAGACCAUCACCUCCGAGCGCGGCCAUCAGCUGAUGAUGCGCGAAGUCCAGCAGAAGCCUAGCUGAAAGCAGCCUGGGGGCGGCGACGGCGGCGUUAGCGGCGGCGCGGGCGGCAGCGGCGCGGCGCGCGACCCCGACGCGCUGCGCACCGUGCAGACCUACAUCAUGCUCGAGCAGCGGCGCCGGGCCGACUUCUCCAUUGACGCCAUCCUCAAGUUCGACCACUGAGCCAGCGCCGACGCUACCGUGGGCGAGUCAUUUAUUAGUUGCCGGUUACUGCAUUACCCGAGUGCGGACGAGUCGCCGCGACAUUAUGUUUCUAUCGAACCUGUCUAAGAAUACAUACCCAUUCUAUAUCAUAUUUAAUUACUAAUUGACGAUCGUUAGUGCCCAGCUUGUGGCUAUUUUUAAUUAAAUUUUUCGAUAGUGCGAAACGUGAAAAGACACUAAGGGCUCGAACAAUCGUGUAGCUCUCAGAAAAUGUGAAUAACGUUCCUCGACUCCAGAGUCGCUUCAGCAUAAUCAGUAGUGUGACGCCGACGCCGGCCUUGCCCGGUCGUGAACCACUUAUACGUGCAAAUUUGGACUUCAUUGCGUACGACUAAACACGAGGACAAUCGCUCUGCGCCGUUUCAUAAUUCCGACUAAAUAAAACAAAGGCCAAUGCGUAACAUCAUGCGUUCCUGCAUUACUACAAUGUAUACUGAAGUUGCGCUUAACACUUCAUAAUAUGAUUAUGUCAAUAGCAUUGUAUAGAUCAAAUAUCAUAAAACUGAUUGGAAUUUAUGUUUAAGACUUUUAUGUAAAUAUUUAGUAAGCGCAGCUACUGUAACACGUUUCAUGUGCAAUGCAGUAUUUUUUGUGAUGUCGUUGUUAAAGUAAAACAUGAUUUGCUUAUUAAGAACUUUUGAAACUUUUGUGUGUUUACAAGAAAAUCAUAUUGACAGCUAUUAUUGUAAUAAAUGGUAAAUGUUUGGUGUUACUAUUGACUGUAUACUCAUUGUUCAGUGUUGUGUUCUGCAAUGUUCUGUAGCAUAUCAUUAUACAUUCUAAGAUCAUAUUUAAUCAGUGCCAUUGCUCACUAUAACCAAAGAGUUAUUGACUGUUAAAUAAUUGUAAAGUGUAAGAAUAAAUUGUGCACUGAG